AGGUGGUCCACUCACACAGCACUUAAGUUUCUGGUGCAUUUCAUUUCUGUGACCUUUCAGAAACUAUACAAUAUUUCAGUAACCUUUAUUAAACGUACCCGAAACGUGAGCUGAUUGGGAUAGCAUCGUGUUUCAGAAACGUGAUAUUGACAUGUUUCUGCAAUAUAAUGGAAAUUCGUCUGAAACUCGUGAGCGACGACACUGCCGGCGGCCCGUCGCGGCGCGCCGGGGCGGCGGCCCUGGGACAGGCCGCGCGUCGCAGGAGGCCGGCUCUCAACGCCCGCGACAGGAACCUGCGGCGCCUCGAGAGCAACGAGCGGGAGCGCAUGAGGAUGCACAGCCUCAACGACGCCUUCCAGUCACUCAGAGAAGUGAUCCCUCACGUCAAGAAGGAACGGAGACUGUCCAAGAUAGAGACGUUGACCCUGGCCAAGAACUACGUGAUGGCGCUGACGAACGUGAUCUGCGAGAUGCGCGGGGAGGUCUCGCCGUACGCCGGCGCGCUGAUGGCGGACAGCGACGGGACGGGCGAGACGUCCGCGGUGACCCCAGACCCGGGGCUGCUGCCCCCGUCGCGCUUCCACGAGCACGACGCCAGCUUCUACGAGGACCAGCCCAGGUUCCGCGACUGAGCGCCUCUGUCCGUGGUGGGCGGCGCGGGGCGGCCGGCCGUAGACCGACGAUGAUGUAGUCAGAUCAGUCUUCUGCUCGUGACCCCGACCCAGGGCCGGUGCAAGGUAAAUUGGCGCCCUAGGCAAAAAACCUUAAUGCACCCCCCCCCUCCACCACCGGGCCGGACACCCCAAAAAAAAUUUUCCUUGCCUCAAAAUACACCACGUAAGCCUAAGAUUUUGUCAACAAUCAAAUGUAAGCAGGCUUGUGUUUUUUUUUUUUUUUACUUUUUUAGGUUUAUAUUACAAAUCAUAAACAGGUCACAGUGGACUUUAAAUAAUUACUUAUAUCAAUAUAAACAUUCCAAACUGUUACAAAAUUCCAUUUUCAUCUAGUUUCAAUAAUCGUUAAACAUACUAUAUCAGCUGUUAUGUGUCGUAUUUGCGCCGCCCCCUGCUACUUGGCGCCCUAGGCGGUUGCCUAGUUCGCCUAUAUGGACGCGCCGGCCCUGCUCCAACCACUGCGUUGGGAAUAGUCAGGAGAUGGCAUGCUGUGACUCACCAUCGCCAUGUUGCAACACCCAUGCUUGACCAUGCCUCAUGUCGGCCAAUAAGCAUGAGUUAGAAAUUUCAUCAUUGGACCAGUCACUUCAGUAAAAUACAAUCCUUCACUACUGAUUCCACAAUGCAAACACUACAUGAGAUUUUUUUUUGCACAUACAUACACCAUUGCUGCUUGCACUGUAUAUCAUAAGAAACCUCAAUGACAGGCAAAAAAAUAUUAAUAUGCAAAAAACACGAAAAACAAGCUAAAAAUCAGCCUUACGUCAAAAGUAAAAAAAAAAUAAUAAUAAUGCACGGCCUUGAAAAUUUCACGGAAGGAAUUCUUAUGAAAAAUUUUACAAUACAGACGGACACAGUGGACUGGUAACAACGAGAUAGUUGCAACAAGAACGGUAGAUAAAGACAAAAAACUACAUUGGACAAACACUGCCACGAACAGAUACACCCAAUGAUGAAACUUAACAGAUAACAUGGCAUACACAACACAGACACACACAGGCGAACACGGGCGAACCCAACGAUGUGACAAGACAGAUAUUCUGGACACCAUGAUGAAGACAGCACAGAUAACACAGGAGGCUUCCCAAGACAAAACAGUUGUGAUAAUUCGGCAUGUGAGAUCUGUUCCCAGUUCUCAGGCACAAACCGUCUUCAGUGUUUGCAUAUUUAUCUUUUUUGUGACAUACAAUGUAACCAGCAAUGGCAUGUCUGGAAAAAAAAAAAUUUAAAUCAACCUUUCCCAUCACAAGAACACUUGAAGAAUGUAGCAAACACUACGCAGUAUUCUGGGUACCUUGCAAACAUGGCAUAGGGAAAAAGUGGUUUCUUGCAGUAUUCGCACAGUAAUGCACCAUUGCUACCACCUGGCUUCCAACAUUGGCUUAUUAACUGCCAAUAAGACAAGGGACAUUGGAACGUUUAAAGGAAGUGCUGGGGAAAAAAACUCUUUUAAUACAUUGUUACUGAAUGGUUAUUUUUAAAAGUGUGGUCAUACACUUCUCAUCUAAAAUGUGUUACUGUAAAAGCUUUUAAAAUUUAAUAUUUAUUUUUCAUAUUUACACUAAAGAUAAGCUUACCACAAACUAACAAUUCAAAGUAGUUUAUGAUGACUAAAAAUAUAAAAAUCAUCUCUGCGCAGCACAAAGUAACCCUUAAUGUUUUCUGCUUCAAUGCUGCUGUCUAUCAGUCCAAUUUUGAUAUAGUAAUAUGUUUUAAUGGAAAAAUGUUAUGGGGAUAAAAUGCAGUUUCUGCCCGCACAAAGAUAAAUGCCGGGGCAUGUUGCCCACACUGCCUUUCCUUGUUCCAACACCCCUGAAUAGAAUCAUCAAACUAGGCAGAUGUGUAAAAAAUGGCACGUGCAUUUGUCUACAAAGGACCACCCACCAGACACAUGCACUUGUUAAAAAGUUGUGUUCUGAUGCAGUUAUAUUUUAAUUAACUAGUCACGAAAUGUCAAAAACUUACUGCUUCGAAAACACACAAAGUGAAACAAGAAAUCAUAACCAUGACGUGCCAGUUGCAUCUGUCAUAAAGAUGCAUUUCUAACUGUCCUUGUGGCAAAUAAGCUGUGUUCAAUGUUGGGACCACACUUAUUUUCACCGAGCAGCUUACAAGUUCUGUCUACAUCAUCGUUUACUCUAUGCAACCGACAUCCGCUACAGCCAAGAGACAUUAAACGAACUGUGAUUUCUAAAAUCCUAAAACUUUCAAAGCUACCCCAUGACAAAAACUGGGUGUAGUAUUUAACUAAAGCAUGUGUAAGGAAUUAUUUGUUGUUACCAAAUGUGUAUAUUUAAAUGCCAAAGAAUACCUCACAAUGAGGCAAAAUUAAAAUUGUAUCAUUUAAUUAUGUAGUUUAAAAACUUAGAAUUAUGACUAGGCCUAUUGAUUGUCCAAAUGAAUUAAUAACCAAAAGAAGAAAAUAUAUUUGUCAAAUGAUGAACGUGCAGAAAUGAAAAUACCACUAGUGCAGACAGAGGACUUAUGAGUAAUGUUGCUAUCUGUGAAAUCAAUAGUUAAUAGUUAGAGAUUACAUGGCAUUAUUACAAUAUUGGUUCUUUGUUCUGUGUUCUGCAAUAGAAACUCAACAAUAAACUUAAAUAUUACACCAAAAGUAGAACCAGCUGCAGGAAAUCAAAAUAAAUAUAUGUGCCAAAAAUUCCACAAGACUUUGUAUCUUAUUUCUCAAAAUAAUUUUAGCUGGAAAUUAGUUUGUGUACAUAAAAUUAGUUAUUUUUGUAAAAUGUUUAAAAUUAGUGGUUUCCGAUGUUAGCAAAUGAAGGUUUUGUUCCCAGAAACUAUAUAAUGUUGAGAGACUUGCAUUUAAUUAUUACUGUUAAGUACAAAAGCAAUGCAAUGUAAAUUAGAGUGAUAAAUGUAGUUAAAUAUUGCUGUCAGUAUACAUAACUAAAGAAGGGUAGUAAUUAAAUACCUGGUUGUAAGAUCUUUCUUUCAUUAAUGUGGAAAUUACAACACUAACAAUAGACAGCAUGAUAAAUAAUUCUUUGUGUAUUUAAAUCAAAAAUUAUAUACAUAAAUCUUCAAAAUACAUACUAAUAUUAAUGACGUGAUACCAAAUUUUAGGCCUAAUGUUAGUUAUCUGUUAGAAAAUUUUUGUCUCGAGAUUAGAAAUACUGAAAAGAAAAAAAGCAACGAGUCUGCCUGUCAUGUCAAUUUAUUUUUAACUUUCUGUGUUGGUGCUAAGAUCCAAAAAAAAUUAUCACCUAAACAUUUCCAUCUCAAGUAAAACUAGUGUAAGAAGAAAUAUACCAAAAAAAACUUUUUUGACACCAAAAUAAUUACAAUACAUUCUCCAUAAUAACAAUGCUAUCAUAUAUAAUGUACGCCCUACCAAAACAUAUGUUAACUAUCAAAACUUAAGAAUAAAGCACAUUAUUAUUUAUUUUGUAAUAAUAUACACAAUGUUUCCCAUUAAUACAUCAAUAUGCAGUGCUAAAAAAAUUUUGGUACCAGGCAAAAUAUUAAAUGAGCAUAAUUUUAAUUUUGGAAUUAAAUACAGUUCCUAAAUGUACAGCUAAUUUUAAAGAUGAGUUUCAUAAAUUAUUUAAUUUAUGAUUGUGCUUCCACGCUUACUACUUUGCUGUUGCACCUGUAAGAGAUAAUCCCAGAGCUGACAGGCAAUAUCAUUCCUAGAAAAUCCUAGUCAGCAUUAAUGCCAAGAUAUGCUUUGAUUUAAGUCUGCAACUAAUCAUGCAAAUAAACCAAUUAAAAUAAAAGCAAAUUUCACAUAAUUUUCACACCAAAAAUACUAAACAACACAAGACAUUUCAGUUGCAGCCACUUGCUUAAAAGGAAACUCUGGAGAAUAUUGAGCCAAUUUGUGUAAAAAAAAAAAUAAACACACAAAAGAAUAUUUUCGCUUGGGUAUAUCACUAUAUUGGCAAGAAAAUAAGGUUCAACAACAAGUCAUUUUACAAACUGGCAUGGUUGAGCUAGUAGAGCAUAGUCGAGACACGAUGCGUGUCCAGGCAAGAAUUGUCCACACAGGAGACGUGUGCAGGCUACAUGUGGUUAGGUAACAUCCAUCAAUGCUUUUGAAAGUGAAGCAAGUUGUCAAAACACGUGUAGGUAUUUAACAACUCAUUUAUUUAAAAAAAAAAAAAAAAAACUAUUUAUACAGGAUAUUUUCGCAGGCCCAUGAAACCAAGUACAUAUUAAUAAACAUAAGUAAAACUUUAAUAAUUAUUGAUUUUCUUUUAAUUCCAUUUCCAAACAUGAGCACGAUGAUAAUUUGAUUUUGAGAUGCUAAGUUUUUGUGUUUGGACUGAAUUAAUAAAGGGUGGAGUAUGCAUGAAAUGAGAGGUGCAUUAGUUUAUUCAAUACAUACAAAUAUUGUCAAUACAAAGAAGAUAAAACUAUAGCCGCUUUGUGUUUAUGAAUUAAUAAAAAAAAAUGUGUUGCUGACAACAAGAUCAUUACCAUCAGAAAAAACACUACACAGGUUGUCAAAAUUAGAUAAGGAAUCAGUCAAAGGCCUAAUGUAAGAAACUGUCCCAGCAUUUUCCUGGAGUAAUUACUUGAUGUAAUUGAAACCACGUAACACCGAAAACAGGAUAAAUGAACCAGGUCUCGAAAAUGAACCCAUGUCCCCUCUGCGAGUACUAACAGAGUUCACAUAGCAAGUUCUAACAUUAAUUACAUUAUGCUUUUGUGCAAGUUCACAUACAGGGCUCUUUAACCAAUCACAGAAGAAUAUGCCAAGACUGAAUACAGAGUAAAAGGAAAUAUGUUUGUGUGUUCAGGGUUGCUACAAGUUUGAAAUUCCAAAAUUCCCUGACGUUUACAGCUGUUUCCGAUCUGAAUCGAAAAGUUUCCAUGGCCUUCCAGACACACAUCAUCCCACGGCUCACUUGUUGCUUUUCAGGGGAAAAUGACGUAUGUGCUUUCAAAUAUGCCACCUUAGCAAAAUUAACACUAUUACAGAUACACACAUGUGUUUGUAUACAAUUGCUAUAGAUUCAACUAAAGAUAUAGAAUGUAGGCUAUCGAACUUGUAUGUAAGCAUCCGGAAAUUAGUUUACUCCUUUUGUGUUUACAGUAAAAAUACCAGGGUUUCAGGAAAAGGAAAAUCAAUGAAUAUUUGUGAUUAGUAAACCUUUGAGUAGUUUUCGAGGCAUCUGAACUUUGGCGAAAUAGUAUUUUCAGUUUAAUUUUGCUAUCACAAGAAAAAACUACUGAAAUAUUUCCAUGUAUUUCCUGACCAUUCUAAUUUCCUUGACUUUUCCCUAUUUUCCCUGUUUUCUGUACAUGUAGCAACCCUGAUGUUGUUUAAGAACCCAGAAAAAAUUUCUACACUUUUUUUCUUCUUACAGACUUCACUGAAAGGAAGAGAAAAUACUGAACUGAAUGUAUGCAACUAUGUUAGACAUUAAAAAAUAUGUUUGUCGAAAUUGAACACUUCAAACUACGAACUUAAGCGCUAAUCUCUGGUCCUAGUUACUGUAUCUCGAUGUAGUCCAUGUAGCCAAAUGUAUGUUACUUAUAUGCACCAACACACAAGUUAUGUAAACAGUUUGUUGAGCUAAAAUGUUUGUUAGCAAAGAUAAAUGUACAGUUUUAGAAACAAAAUAUUUAUUAUAUGCAUAUACUAUAUAAAAACCACGACCAAACAGAAUAACUAUAAUCAAGUUAAAUUUUUCGCCUUACAUUUAUAUUACGAACUGAAAAAUGUACCUGUCUGUGUAGCACUUUAUGUUUUGUUCAUUACUUAGUAUACAAAAACUUCACCUUAUGAAUAGAAAGAAAAAUAUCUAAAAUACGUACUAUAUUUCAGCUACCUUCUUAAAAUAGUUAUAGAUGUUUUAUGUACCCAGCGUUUGUCAUUUUCACUGCUGUAAAUAUAAAAGGCCAUAAUUCUUCCAGCCAAAUAUUGAUAAUGAAGUGUUUUCUAGUACAUACAUUUAAGAUUUUAUCUUUAAACAUAGAGCAGUGUGUUUAAAAUAUCUGUCUUCUAUAUUCUGUGGUCAUAUCAAAACAUCCACUGCCUUUUUAAAUGUUUUAUGUAGAAGCAAAAAUAAAAUAUUGGAACAUUUAAAAAAUAACUGUAAUACAUAAGCACAACCUAUUGAAAAUAAAAGUAACAAUAUUUAUGGUAACGAUAAAAAAACAAUAGUUUCUUUGUAAACAUUUAUUAGUUUCGCCCCCCCCCCCCCUCCCUUUAAAUGCUGAACAUGCUACACUCACUCGCAAAGCCUUGAAUAUCAUCUUAAGACCACAAGGAAUUAAAUUAAGUUUAUUGAACAACAAAUCUAUGAACAAUGGAUCUGAUUUUUGAAUCUCAAGGAAAUAUAUUUUGAACCUCAAGGGCAAUAAAACAAUGAAACAUGAUUGACUGCAAAAUUCAAUUCAGAUAUGUUUGUUGCUGGAAUAAUUUUUUUCCACUUUUACUGCAAUGUUUCCUGCUAUUAAAGAUUUUAUUAUUAUGUACCAUAAAUUUUAAAACAAUAGCAACAGCACCAACAGCAAUUGCAAGGAAUCAAUUAGUCCUUAAAAUAUUCAUUAAAAUUUUAAUCAAAAUGGACUACUUAUUUUGAAUUAUUGAUGCAUUCUUUAAUUAGCUAGAAAAGGCAGAGUAUAAAAUCUUUUAACUAAAGAAAUUAUUUUCUAUGAGUACUAUUUUAAGAAACUGACAUCCCAUCUCCAAGAUAUGGAAUACCAACGGAGAGAAAAAACAUGAUUAUGUAUGCCACAACUUUGUAUAUAAACUGUUAUUGUGGUUUGUGGCUUAAAAAACCUGUAAAGCGAUUGCUAUUAUACAAUUUUAAUUCAUUUUAAAUGAUACGCUAUGUAGGAAAUGCCUGGAGAAAUCAAAUUAUAACACUUUACUUCAUUAUGGCCAGUACUGGUUCAAAAAGAAAUGGUGAGUCGGAACUAUUUGAUUUUUCACCAAGUGUUGUUCGUUAACUAAAACUUGGCUGUGCAUAAAAUAAUCUGUAUAUCCCACUAAUUUCUGAAAAACAUUGCCUCCCAGCAGAAAGGAGAUCAAUAAUUUAAUGACUAACGACUCACUGUAAAUUUAAGAACCGCAAUAAUUUCGAAGUUUUUUAAAACUCAAUUACUCAAUCUUAACUUCAUACACAUUCAGAAUUAAUCUAUGGUAUGUAGAACUUCAGAUGCACAUAUGGAAAGAAAAUUUUUAACACAUCUCCAAUCUUCUCUCAUUUCAACAAAACUUACUUAGUAACUUACUUCUUAGUAACUACCUGAUUGCAGUUGCAAAGAAUGACAAAGUAAUACCCACCAUUUAAAACAAAAUAUGAAAAUAUUUAUGUUCCCAAGUACGAUGCUCAGUAACAAAGGAAAUUACUGACUAUUUUUAUCCAACAUUAAAAUAUACUUUUUAUGCUAUAUUCAUGAUUAUGUCCGUUGCAAAGCAAAAACAUAUUUUUUCAGCCUCGCCAAUUCCACCACGAUUCACCUGCGUUGCCAAGAAAUCUAGUCUAACUAGUCAUGUAAUCCUGUCACGUGUUAUCAAUGAUUUGUUGAUUUCCCCAGGUAUUUCAAACUAAAACACGAAAAGUGCGGUGAUGUGAAAACAUAUAACUGAAUGUAUAUUUUUGGAAUCUACUAUUUGUGAUGUCUGUGUAAAUGUAUGUGUAAAACUUGUGUUGACCGUGGAGUGCUUCCAUGUUGAAAACAAUAAAAAAGGUACAUCAUACUUUUGUGCAAGAGUGAA